GGAAUUAAAAUAAGGUCAGUUUUGAUACCCUAAAAUUGGCAUGGAAGAAGAUUUGGAGUUGGACUCUGAUUAUGAACUGUAUAUGAGUAGUUUAAAGCCUGGCUAUGAUGAUCAUGUGAUUGGGGAAUCAUCCUCAGUUGAAUAUAUAUCUAGCUUGGGCGGCGGAGUUAUAGAAGAAAAGGAAGAGAGGUCCUUUAAGAAUGUGGAAAGGAGGAGGGAUUUCAAGAGUGAUUCCCAAAGAGUAAAGGCUAAGUUUACUGGAACUUCCGAUGGGUUUUUGAGGAAAGCAAACACUAGGAUGCCGAAAACCGUGAAGAAAUGUUCGAAGAUUAGAGUUGAAGGAAGUGAGAAUAAAGAAAGAAAUGCAGCCAGUGGAAAAAGAAAGAGUCUAAUCUAUGGGAACAAAGUAAGUGGAGAACCUUUUAAGAAGAUGGAAUCUGGAAAGGAUAUAGAAAGUUUUAGCUAUGAAAGUGAUAACACAAGUGUACAUCAGACGGAUGAUGAAGGUGGUUCUGAUUUGGAGAUACUUGCAUUUGAUGAUGAUACUUUUCAUGAAGGACAAGAUACACCGUUUGUAUCAUCAAAAUGUUAUCGAUCAUUGGUUGAUGAAGAUAGUUGGGAUGGCAACAGAACCUCUGCUCAGUCUCAGUUCAGGGAGAAGCUUAUGGAUCUUCUUAAACUUCCUUAUGACCAACAUGAGUUUGAAAGUCUAUUGCAACAAGUAACUCACAAAAGACCAGUGCAAGGUGUUAGAGAGUUACGUCGUGGAAUAUCGAAACUAUAUUCAACUAACACCGAUGGAAAAUCGUACCUUGAUUGGUACAAAGACUUAAAAGCGAAAGUCGAUGAAUUCAGUUGCGAUCAACGUAAAGUUUUGUAUCUCUUACGUGGAUUUUUCUUUUGGUUGAUGAAUACUGCCCAUGAAGGUGCAUUCAAGCCUUGGAAGGACUCUUUGUAUUUGAAUGCUUUGGGAUGACCAGAGAUUUUGUAUGAAUCUAGCAAUAUAUAUACCUCAGUGUUAUAAUCCUACUAUUGACAAUUGCAGCAUUGGGUACACAUUUUGU